UCGAGAUUUGAGCACGAAGUACUCGUCGCUGCAGCUGCUCGAAAAAAACUUUUUUCGACGGGAUAAGAAAGUAGUUUCUUGUCUUUACUUAAGUACUUACCUCGCAUCGUAAGAUAAACAGCAUGUACUGAGCAGACUUCUGCACUCGGGGCUUCAUUGAUGGACUUAGAUAUAGAUUUUACUGGUGUAAAAGUGAAAAUUGUUAUGUUAUACCCAGUACUUAGUCUUACUGUGAGUGAGCUGUUUUUUUCUUCUUGUUUGGUUUAGGCGGAGGUACAGCUUCCUUCGAACACGGCCUAAUUUUCGCGCACCAUGCUGCGUGCCACAUUGCAGAAAAUUGAAGGAGCCUGGGCAGCGCUGCGGCGCGGACCCCGUGAGCGCCGACUGACCGGUGAAGACGAGCGAUCGGAGGACAGCGACUACGGUUCGGCAACCGAGAGUGGGGACGAAUCAGACCAGACCGGGUCGAAAGUCGACAGCGAGGACCAGUUCGAGACCGGCCCCGUUGGUGCAGAAAUCGAAAAUACGGCUGGAUCCAUGUUGUCCGAGUCGGGAGACGGCGGUGAGGACGGGCCGGAGCCCGAAUCCGGAUCGGGAAGCAAAAAUGGCGAGGCGAAAAUAGCUGCAAUUGCCGCACGUCGGGACGAAGCGGAAACGAGUGGGCGCCUGGCGGUGGAACGCCUGAAGUGGGGACCGAGUCCGAUCGCUGCAAAUAAGAGGACGUCGCUGAAGGUCAUCGCAGGAUGGGCCACUCUGCGACGAAAAAUGAUCCUGGAUAACAAUGCUGCCAAUACUGCGGGCUCUGCAGGAGAGGACGAGGCUACUGGCUAUCCAGUGGAUUUCACGAAUGCUUCUGGAGAGCUGCUGCUCAGGGGUAAGUACAAUUUUUUUUUCACACUGAUGAAACGCAUGAUGGAAUCUAGUCCCUCCAGUAGUUGCAUGUGUCACUACUUGUACUUUGGGUUUCAGUUCGAUGAAAAUAAAAACACAGGCUUCACCGGACCGAACGCGGUGACCGAGGAGUACAAGCGCGAGUUUCUGCACCGCGCCACACGAGGCUCGCUGCAGCCUCUGCCGCAAGAGUGCUACGACAUGCUGAACAGCCCGGAGCACAGUCCGCUGCCGCACGUGGACAGCAGCACGAACGUUCCGAACACCAGUACUGGAGCUCCGCUGCGAUACCGUGUGAUGUGUCGGUUUUUCGUCACGCCAAAUCCUGAACGCCAUGUGUUUGACGAGAGGCAACGGCUGAUAAAGGAAGCAUUGGAAGCGCUAAACCUGGACGAGAGGUAUGCCGAGGACAUUCGUGCUCUUCGGCGCAGCUGCACUGGCCGAGUCGGGCACCUGUACGAAAAAGCGUUCGGUUGUGAUGUGCCAGAACUCUUGGCCUCCUGGAUGGGCGGUCGCGACUACGAGUGGGGCAGAGACGAUCUUCUGUUGGAGAAGAUGGAGAACGAGUGGGACUGCCGCGCAAUGAAGAAGCGCGAAUUUAAGAAUACACUGGAGGUGCGCUUCUAUUCGAGCGGCGAACUGCUCGCUUUCCUCGACGACGUCCUUCUGGGUAACGCACUCCACUUCCACACAACUGAGAUCGAAUAUGAUCCGCUUGUGGAAUACGAGAUCCAGAAGCACUGGCGAGAGUGGACAUUUUCUCUCAUCGAUUGGCCACCCGCGCCGGAACAGAUUCGCCUACUCGCCAACGACAUCGACAGGUAUGAGACACUUCCCAACUAUUGCCCCGCCGCCGCCUGCACAGAGGCCAACUGGCUUCUGUACUUGGAUUCGAAAGCAGAGGCGCUGUUGCGUUGCCAAUUCGUCGCUUCGCUGCCGGUCGCCCAACGCUUGUGGACGGUGCUGACCUGCGAAGAGAUGGUCCCCAUCAGGCAGUGGAGCUCACCCGGCGAGGAUGGCGCUAUCGAACAAUGCACCGCGGUGCCACUCUCGCCAGCCCGCACGGCGGAGGAGAAGAAGCGCACACACAACCUGCUCCGGCAUCUCUGCGACACCUACUCAACCUUCAACACGGUGCGGUACGCACUGGAGGACAACAGCGAGAUGCUCAUCUUCGAACCUUCGCGGAGCGGGGCAGCGGAAGACGUGGAAGGUGACGCAGAAGCGGAUUCGGCCGAGGUCUUGGUGCUGAUUCCUGACAACGGCCUACCCAUCAACAACUGGGCUUACCUAGUCCCCGGCGCAGCGUGA